AUGAACAAUUUCUACGAAGCGUUCAGUCAUUUAAGAAAAGCAUUGGUUUCACGACAUGAGAGGAAAGGCAUUAUUAUUAUUAGUUAUAAUGAAGCGAUUAUUUGUUCAAACGAUUUGUACAAAACCCUCGUUAUAGCAACCGGUGGUAAAGUACUGCUCAUUCACGGUAUGGUAGGCGAUCAAGUUGUCCGGUGCGAUGAAAACACCACAAACUAUGCCCAGACUUUUGAUAAGACAAUCGACAAGAAAUAUGUGGCGAAAGUAAAUUUCGACGACCUGGAGGAAAUGUUCGUCCGGACGUCCACUCCUCACAUGUUCACUGGACACCGCAUUUAUCAAAUCCGUUGCACACAUACUCUUCGCACACAUUUGUAUCUGUGUUUCGCUUAUAAUUGGGAGCACAACGACAGGUCAUAUCCACACAAACUUCAUUAUUCUGACACAAACCCUGAGAAUCGCACGGCUCUAAUGACACCACUUUAUUAA